CAAGAUAUUUUGAAAUAUCGUACUUGCUGUUGGCCUAAGUUUUGGAGUAUUUUACAGAAAUCCCGUUCUCGUCGAUUGUUGGUUGUGAUCUUGUCAUUUUGAUUUCGCAAGUUUUUAUCGUGUCGUAUCAAAGCCCACUACUGUAGCCUACAUACAAGGAAUACAAUACUUGAGGUGGGAAGAAAUAAACAGAUAAAAUGGAAGGUAUGCAAUUCAAUGUUUUAAAGAUGGUUGUCUCAAAAUGGUAUGACGACAACAGAUCCCUUACUAUGUUGAAAGUGUUGUUCAGAGAUCAUGUCGCAAUUGGGAAACUGGCAACAAUAAAUGACACGAUGGACUUGCUGAAUGACUUGUUUAAAUCUUCUCAACUGACUCCAAGUGAUUUGACGAUCCUAGGUGAAACCAUUAACCUAACUAAACACUAUGCCCUCCAAGAGAGAAUCAAAAGCACUUUCCAGUUAUUCCCGGAUGUUAGGGAAGGAACUGUUUCAAUCAAAUUUACGCCACAUAGACAACGACUAAUGAAAUUUGGGAUGGCGCUAACACCAAAAGAUGUGACGCUGAUUGAUGGAUUAUAUAACACGCCUCUUAAGAGAUAUGCAGACGCAUGGAUUAUGAUCAAUGAUCUAGAAGACCAACUAAAAAUCAAAGAAGGAGAUAUGAAAGAAUUCCAACAAAUGCUGGAAACACUUAACCUCCGUCUAGCAUUAAAUGCACUUAAAGAAGAUAUUUCAGGUACAUCAUCGGCUUUUGGUAUACCUUCUACAUCCUCGGUUUUGGUACCUAGUCCUACACCUACACUACAAGUUCCAGAGGCGUACCAGAUGCCAAAAAUGGAUCGGUUGCAAUUUAAUCAACUCCUCGGGGACGUGUCCACGUGGUGGAAACGCUAUGGAAACGUGAAUAUGUUGAAAGUAAUACUAAGCGAAUUUAAAGUUAUUUCUGUGGUAUUGAUGGAGGAGAAAAGUGAGCCACGUUCACUCUUUGAACUACUCAAAGGCAGUGGGCUUAUCAGCGAAGCAGACGUUGAUGUCAUCAUCGAAACUGUUAUUUUGGGGGGCCAAAGUGGCGUAGAAUUAAAGAUCAAGGAAUCAAUACCGACAUUCCCAGGAUUAAAUACAGUUGAAAUCACAAAGUUUUCCAAUCAUCGACAAAAUUUGCUCGAAUUUGGCAAGGUUAUAGACGGAAGUAACAAGGAACGCAUUGGUUAUUUAUUUGGCCUUUACGUACCCGAACUAAAGGACCAGUGGAGUUUGAUAUUUCAACUGGAAAAGGGUCUUAUACUAACUGAAGACUCACAUGUCAAGCAAGCAUUCGUUAAAAAACUUAAUGACAAUGGUAUGGUAGCUGAGGCCAAAGCACUGAAUACAUUUCCAUAACGAAUUUCACAUCGAAAAUGUCUAGUCGCAAGACGGAUACCGGCGCUAUAUAAGUCCUCAUUAUUAUUAUUAUUAUAAUGUAUAAUACCGGUAAUGAAAAGAGAAACACACUUAUCACCCUGCAUACUAAAAAUAAUAUUGCAAAAAAAAAAAAAAAAAAAAAAAAAAAAAAAAAAGGGGGGGGGGGGGGGGGGGUGCAAAAAAAGGAAAAAAACAAAAUAAAAUAAUUGCUUUUUUGUAUAAGUUUUUAAAUUUUGAAAUAGCAUGUUAUUAGAAGUAGACUAUUAUAAGCGGCAGGUGUAUUCUAUUCGGACAGCAAUAAAAUACGUGCAAGGAUAUUAGAAACGCAAUUUAGUUAGAGUUCAGUCGGAUAAACUGGUGUUAGUAGCCACUCUGUGUGCGCUGACCUCCGGUUCAAUUUCCAUUGCUGCUCUCCAUCUCCAUUCUCUAUGGCUGCUUGUAUUUUCUGGAAUGCUAAAAUGCAAGUUACGAUAGCGCACCGUCUUUCUGUUGAGACGUUUAAGCCGUUGUCUCACGUGCACUAUGGCCCAUGUGCACGCUAAAAAACGCAGUGUACUCUUGAGAAAAGAGUAUGGAUUGUCUCUCGGUGUACUUCCCAAUUACCACCAAAAAAGAACCACUGGAAAUAAGUCUUCUUCAGACUUUCGCGGGUUUCACAAGUUGGAUGGCCGAAUGGUUAGUGCAAGGGUCAUUACAUUUACAAUUACCAUGGUGUUUACACCAAAAUAAAUAUAUCUAUCUAUCUGUCAACUGCAAAAGUGAAAAAUACAGAACGUGCCUUUUAACACUUCUGGUUACAUAGAAAGUAUUAUUCGUUAACAUUAUCAUUAGCAACAUCAUUAUCAUCAUCAUCGUUAUCAUCAUCAAAAUUAUAAUCAUACGUAGCCUACGCUUGAUUACAAUUGUUAUCGUCGUGCAGUAGUUAGAUUUUUGCACAGACGUAGUAUGGUACAUAACAACUCUCUACAUGUCAAAGGGACAUUCACCGAUGAUCCACCAACAAGAGUAAAAGUCUAUCUCGUAAAAGCCGUUUUCCACUAGACGAAUUUAUACCGGCGAAUCGAAAAGUUUCGCCUAUAUGCAUGCCCAGUUUAAUUUUGAUCACGAGAUUUUCAAACGCGCAAGCGUACAGGUACUCUUCGAUUCGUGCGAAUUAAUUCGCCUAGUGGAAAACGGCCUUAAGUCAAUUACUCCUCAUACUUUAUCUUAUAGCACUUUUCGCACUAUUCCAUGGAUAUCAGAGCGCUUCGAAGCGUGGACUAACUCCUGACUUUCUUCUCCCCUAGGGUGUGGGCUACCCGGUAAACAGGUACCAGCACUGCUACUCUCGUCUGUCUACAGCAAUGACUGUGACCAGUACACCCUGGUAACAAGUUAUUUGUUUUUACUCUUUCUUGGUUUACAUUUUUUCAAGGGAUCGAACAUCCUUAUCCAUAUUUGGCUAUUUCCACUGAUUGUAUUCCUUCUUGUUUUUGUUUUUUUUCUUUUUGAUCUGGUCAUCCUUGUUACUCCUUCUAUCACCCAUCCCUCUUUCACCCAGCGCUGACGAAACCCAGCGUUGUACAUAGGUUCCGAAUAUCAUUAUAGUUUAGUAUAAUUUUGAUGUUUUUUUUUUAUUUCGUUUUAGCUUUAUUGAAGAAUAAUUUGUAGUUUCUACCUGCAGAUAUAUCACUAUAGUAUAACAUACUAUUUUAACAAUAUCUAAAUAUUAUUAUAAUAGUAAUGCAAUGUUAGAAAUUAUUAUUUGCGAUAAUUAUAUAUUUUUAAAUAGUUUCAGCUAUACUUAGUAUAGUUUUGUUUAUGUCUAUAUAUAAUGCUUAGCAUUUUCUUUAUAUACAAUAUUAAGUACUGUUAUAGGAAUUUGGUUUGUAGUUUUUAAAAUAAUGAAAGAUUUCCUGUGUUUAGACCUUUAAGCUGUUUAAAGGAUCAUUUAAUUUUUU